AUGGUUCCCGCCAAAAGGAUCGAAUCCCCCACAAAGGGACAUCGCCGGCUGCAGUCUUCAGUCCGUGAUAUCAGCUUGAUGAUUGAGGGUGCUAGUGGUCACAACUCGCCAUCGCGGUCUCCAGAACGUCAACAGCGUCCAGAGACGCCCACCCGAUCUCGAGACCAUGAUAACCGGCCAAGCGACAGUCACUCUACAGUGUCGAGCUCAGCACCAGUACCAGGUCCUAGUUUGACACCUAUUAUGCGACCAGCAGCUCGACGUCCACCACCUCAGAGCAUCCUGGGCGAAAACACACCACCGCAAUCAUCUACCAUGCUCGCUCUCCAACACAUGAGCUCAACACCUUCAAAAGAAUCAGAAAACCCCCUCUCUGACAUCACAAAUGGCUCGACAGCUAUAUCAAAGGGCCCCCAGAACCUUGAGGCGCUGUCCGACCAAAUUCUCAGCCUGACUAGCAUCGCUACAGGACUUCAGAAGGAAAUGUCUCAGCUGAGUCGACGCAGCAGGGACAACGCCACAGAUCUUCUCAGCCUCAAGGAGGCCACAAACUCAAGAGAUGAGGACAUUCGAAAGAGUCUAAGAGAACUUCUAGGGAGCCACGGCAAUGGGAAUGACGGCCAAAACAGACUCCCUGCAGCUCGCGACCCCUUUGGAGGAUAUUUCCUAGACAACAAGCCACACAAUCUCUCUCCACCCAGCACAAGGGGUUUUCAACUCCCUAGAAUUCCUUCCCCCAAGAGCUUUGGCGACUCAAUUGAGCGAGGGUCUAUUAUCAGUACACCCUCCCUCAUUGGCUCAGAGGCCAACUCCUCCCUUGUUCUUCUGGAAAGAAUCAUUCGGGAGAUGGGCACUAAGGAGGGACAAGAGUCUCUUCUUGGUCGACUGCAGGAGGUAUCAAACAAGCUCUCGGGUAUGGCUACAUCUCAGAAGCUGGAUGAAGUCAUUGACCAAGUCAGAGCUCAGUCUGAGCAAGCCAUCAUUUUGGGCAACUCCUUUGGGAGCCCUCGUGCGAGCCGGUCUCGCAACCUCAGCUUUGAAUCAGAAAACAGCAGCAUGCCCAGCCAGGCGAGAAGUGCCGUUUCUCAACGGGUUGAGCACAUCAUGAAAAACGAGGCCCGCAGGAAUUCUGAGCCUUUAGCGAGGGGCUCCGAUAUUCUCAAUGACGAUCUCAUGAGUAUCAUCCGAUCCGUCAAGGACAGCGUCUCCCAAGGUGGUGGUCUCACUGCCGAGGUCAAAGCUCUCGUUCGCGAGCUUCGUGGCGAGGUUUUAGGCAUGGGCCGUGAGAUCGGUAAGCGCCUUGACCAACAAGCAGCGUCUAAGCGAGGCGUUGAAGAUCAUGACACUCCCAGCAAGGACGAAGUCGCUCGUGUAAUUGAUGAAGGGCUCGAGCAGAUGAAGGAUCAGCUCAAUCAUGUCCUCCGCGAGCACAGACGCCAAUCAGCUGCUUCAGUCAACACCCAGAAGAGUGCUGUCGACUACCAGGAGAUCUACAAUGCUAUGCGCGCCGCCAUCCAAGAUAACGAGGCGACCAAGAGCAACUUGCCUGACUUGAGCCGCGAAGACGUCAUCGAAGCUGUCAGGGAUGCUUGGGAAAACUACAAGCCUGAGAUCGAGGUUCAGCAACUCGGCCUCGAACGCGACGAGGUCUUAUCUUGCUUGAAGCAAGGAAUGCAAGAGUAUUCCGCCCGUGGCGAGCACCCCCCGGCUGCUUCCAGGGACGAUGUCCUCACUGCUGUCGUUGAAGGUCUUCAGCACUAUGUGCCUCCUCAAGUUGACCAGCCCGCCACCCUCUCAAGAGAUGAGAUCAUCGAUGCUGUUCGUGAUUGUCUCGAAGAGUUCGAGUUCCCUGUGGCUCCAGGUGCUGGAGACUUUACACAUGAGGAUAUGGUCGAUGCCGUUAGAGAGGGUCUCCAAGAUCUUGAUGUUCACUCCAGCCGCGCUCUUGUACCAGCUUCGUCUGGCAACAAUGAUGAUGUCAGCGAUCGCCUUCGUGAGAUCAUGGAAUACUUGCGCCAGGAGUUCAAGACAAUGUCCGAAGAGGCGAAAGAGAAUGUUGCUGCCACCGGCCGGGAGACCGAGCAAGUCCUUGGUGCUACUAAAGAUGGUUUCGAAAGUCUCCGACAAGCUAUGGAGAGUUAUGUCGACCGUGCUACCGGCGCUGCUGGCCAAGAGGAGUUCAUGGACGAUCUGUUGAAGUCUCUCGAGGACUUUAAGGACGAGAUGGCUGGAAUUGUCUCAACGACUAACCAGGAGUCGCGCGAGCAGCUCCAGACAGAGCUCGAAGGCCUUCGAGAAAUUGUCAACUCAUCCAUGAUUCCCGCGCCGCCACCUCAAUCGAACAACACCGAGGUCCUCGAGGCUUUGAACACCGGCUUCAACAACUUGAGGCAGGAAGUUCUUCGACCUCGUGCCGAGACAAGUGAGAUCCUCGAUGCCCUCAACGAUGGUCUCAACGAUCUCCGUGCCGGUAUGGACCGAGUCACCAACAAGCCCACUGACUUGACUGCCAACGAUGAGAUCCUCGAUGCCCUCAAGGCUGGCCUCGACUCUGUCCGUGCCGACAUUGAGUCUAUUCGCGAUAGCAGCAAUGACCAGGCUGUUGCAACACUUAAUGCCACCCCUACCGCAAAUGAUGAGAUCAUGGAAGCCCUUAAGUCUGGACUCAGUGGUGUUCGAGCAGACUUGGAAGCUCUUCGCGAUAGCCAAACAGAAAAGGCUGUGGCUGUUGUUGAACCCAAGGAGAACGACGAGGUUCUCGAGGCACUGAAGAACGGCCUCGAUGCUCUCCGUAUUGACAUUGAGGCUAUUCGCGAGAAUACUUCCGAGAAGGCUGUCGUAGCUGCUGACACUACAUCCAACGACGAUGUCAUCGCGGCCGUCAAGACUGGACUCGAGUCUCUACGAGCUGACUUCGAAGCGGUCCGAGACAGCAGCGAGAAGGCUCUUGCCCCUGUCGAUAAGCCCUCUUCUACCGAUGAGUUCGUCGAAGCCCUGAAGACUGGCUUAGAAUCACUGAGAGUUGACAUUGAGUCUGCUCGCGAGACAAGUGAUCGAUCGGCUCCCGAUGAAAACACUUCGAACGAUGAGGUUAUCGUAACUCUCAAGAACGGUCUUGAUUCGCUCCAUGCUGAGAUUGCCGCGCUCGCCAACCAGGAGAAGCCCGAAACGUCAGCCGAGAACGCGUCCAAUGACGAGGUCAUCGUGACUAUGAAGAAUGGACUUGAUUCGUUGCACGCUGAGAUUGCCGCUCUUGCCAACAAAGAGAAGGGCGAGGAAGCCACCGAGAAUACCUCCAACGACGAGGUCAUUGUCACCCUCAAGAACGGACUUGAUCAACUCCACACCGAUAUCGAAGCUAUUGCCGUUGCGCAGAAGUCUGCUGCUCCAGUCGAUAACACAACCAACGACGAAGUCAUUGAAGCUCUUAAGAACGGCCUUGACUCCUUGCGCACAGACAUUGAGGCUCUUCAAGAAAGCAAUCAAAAGGCACUGGCUCCUGUGGCGGAUACGAAGCCCAAUGACGAGGUUCUCGAUGCCCUCAAGACUGGUUUGGAGUCACUUCGCUCCGAUAUCGAGUCUCUCCGCGAUACAAGUAACGACCGAGCCAUCGCUCCUGCGGAGUCACUAUCCGACGAGAAGAUUCUGGAAGCUCUCAAGACUGGCCUUGAAUCGGUUCGCUCCGAUAUCGAAGCUCUUCGGGACAGCAACGGAGAGCGUGCACUUGCUGCCAUCUCAACAGCAAAGUCAGAAGAUGGCGAAUCUGGUGCGGGCAUCAAGUCAGAUGACAUCAAGAAUCUCGAGGUCCUCAUUGCUGGCCUUGCCAUCAAGAUUGACUCUGUCAAGGCUGAGAAUCAAGGAGUCCAGAAAGACGACCUAUCUCGGAUGGAGGAGCUUCUUCGAACAGUCCAGGACAGUGUUGAUGAGAUUGCCUCUCGCGAGACGCUCACCAGGUCCGUGUCCGUCAAGAAGAAGAAGGAAGAUGGAGCCGAAGAACCUGAGAGUGGGAUUCAAGGCGAUGCCGAGGAGCCAGCCUCCAAGGAGGACAUGCAAGCCAUCGAAACCAUCCUCCGCAACACCAAGGGCAAGCUCGACGAUCUUAUUGAUGGUGAGCAGGCCGUUCGCAAGGAUCAUAUCGACAAUGUCGAGGCUCUUCUGCUCGAGACACGGGAGACUAUGGGAUCUCUCACUACUCAGCUAGAGACUGUCUCACGUAAGGAGGAAGUCACUGCAUUGGAGGCUCUCCUCACCCAAGUUUCCACUGGCCUCGACGAGAUCAAGGAGCAGGCCACCAAGGAAAGCGAGAACCCCGACAAGGUUUCCAAGGGAGAUGUCGAGGCUGUUGAGGCAUUGACUCUUGAGAUCAAGACUGCCCUCGAGGGCUUCACUGGCACCGACCUUGCUCUGCUAGCUCGCAAGGACGACGUCAGCAACCUGGAGGCUCUUCUCAUCAAGAAGGAAGAUAUUGCCGGCCUCGAAACUAUCGUCAAGGAGUUCCAAGAGAAGCUGGACACGUCAGUGGAUGCACAAACCAAAGCCAUUGCCGUCCGUGAUGAGGAAAGCACUUCUGUCGCUGACCGUGUCACUGAAGUCAAGAGCUUCCUCGAGGAGCUCCAAGGAGCCAUCAACACCAAGCUCGACGAGGGCGCGACCGGUGUUGACGGUGUUAGCAAGCUUCUUGAAACGAUGGGCGAAAAGAUUGACAAGAACGAGAACGUUCACCAGGAUCUCAAAGACAUGCUCGAUAUGAUCAAGGCUGAGUUCGAGGACUCCAAGGCUGUUGUGUCUGGCGUCAAGGUUGAGUCUAACGAGAAGCUUCAAGAGGCUACUGAAACUCUCGGUACCAAACUCGACGAGAAGAUUGGUGAGCUCAUUGCCAAGUAUGAGACCCUCGAGACCACCCUUGACGAACGAAGCAAAGUCAGCGAGGCUCGAGACGAGGUUAUGGAGGCGGCUCUUGUUGGCUCCAAAUCUGUCACGGAUGAGCUGAAACUCCUCAUUGACACCCUUGGCUCGACUGUCACCGAUUCACUGGAGAAGAUGGAGGAGGCUUCAAAGACCGUCUUCACCAAGGUGGAGGAGCUCAGCACCCGUACUGAAGAGACCCACACCGAGGACAAGGCCGAGCAUCAACAGACUCGUGACCAGAUCACAGAGGCCCUGACCGCUGUGGAAGGGCUGAAGGGAGAAGUCAGCGAGUCACACCCCAAGAUCAUUGAAUCUGUCAAGGAUCUCCUCCUCCUCGUCGGCGAGCACUACGAGCACACCAAGACUUCUACGACUGAGAUUCAAGACAAGAUUCUUGAGCACAAAUCUCCCGAGGAACUUAUGACGCUUCUGACACUUCUGACUGAUGACAAAUACAACAACACACAAGUUCAUGAGAAGCUCGAUCAACUCAUCGCGCAGAUUUACAACGACUCAGAGGUCAAGGAGCGUCUCGAUAAGAUCAUUGAGGAGAAGUACAACGAUGCUGAAGUUCGUGAGAAGUUGGACAAGAUCAUUGAGGAGAAGUACGAUGAUGCCCCAGUUCAUGAGAAACUUGCCACAAUCAUUGAGUCAAAGUACGACGACACAGCGGUUCGUGAAAAGCUCGACAACAUCAUUGGGUCCAAGUAUGAUGAUGGUGAGGUGCGUGCAAAGCUUGACAAGAUCAUCGAGGAGAAGUACGACGAUACUCCUGUCAAGGAAAUGCUGGGCACCAUCAUUGAGCAAAAGUACGACGAUGCUCCUGUCAAGGAGAUGCUGGGUACAAUCAUUGAGGGAAAGUAUGACGACACACCUGUUCGUGACAAGUUGGACUUGAUCAUGGAUUCGAAGUACGACGAUACUAUUGUUCGUGAGAAGCUCGACCUGGUCUUGGAUGGACGGUACGAUGAUGCUGUGGUGCAAGACAAGCUUGACAAGCUUGUCGACCACACCGCGGUCGCCGACCAGGCUUUUACUCGUCUCGACACCCUCGACAAAGUUCAUGCGUCGGUUCUCAAGACCGCGUCUGAUAUCUCCGAUUUCCUUCAAUCACAGAAGCGGCGCAUUGAGAAGGCUCACGAGGAUCACAGCAGACAUCUCCAAGAGACCAUGGCGUCCGUCGAGCGCAAGCUCGCCGAGAAGGACCACGUGGAGACCGCAGUCUUGAACCUUCGCGAUGAGGAACUGAGACUCCGUCAGAGUGUUAUGAGCCUUCGAUCGGAGCAGGAGAAUUUGAUCCGCCAAAAGACACGCCUGACUGGUGAUGUCUCAUCACUCGAGACUGCCCUCAGUAUGCGCAAGGAGGAGCUCUAUGACAUGGAGUCUCGUGCGGAGAACUUGGAGCGCCGCAUCCUCGAGGGUGUGAUGGAUCAUUCGCGAGUCCUUCUCAUGUCCAAGGCUAAAAGAAGCGGUAGCGAUGCUAUGAGCCGCAAGCGAGUCAGAAAGCCUGCCGAGGAGGACUCCCAGCAAGACGGUCGUAAGUCUAUGGUGGGCAUGGCGCUGAAUGCGAAGCGCAACAUGGCAGCCGCUUCCCCAACAGGAGCAGCUCGACGCAUCGUUUCGCUCAGCCAAAUUAACAACAAUGUGGCAAGCGGAGGUGUUAAGCGCAGCCAAAGUGUACGAACUCCCGCAGGUGCUGGUGCUGGUGGUAAAACAUACCGCAAGCGAAGCUGGGGUGGUGGCCUCGAAUUGACCGACAACGACAAGGAGAACUCUGUCAACGAGACCGUCGAAGAGGUUGACGAGGCAGAUGUCAAACCAAGCCUGACCUCAGAAGCCGUAGAGGUCCCUGACGAAGAGACAAUAGUUCUCGAACAAGAAAUAAAUGGUGAGGGCAGUGAACAAGGCGAUAGCGAUAACGAGACGCUAAGACGGAGUAGCAGGGGCACCGUGAUCACAAACAGCACGGAUAUGUACACCGACGGCGACAGCUACAGCGAAGACAGCUACACCGAGAGCGAGUGGACAGAAAGCAACGUUGGCACCGAUAUAGGAUCGGUCCAAGGCAACGAAGUUGCGAUUAUUGGGAACUAA